AUGGCACUGGGACGCAGCCCCACCUCGCGAUCAGCUCUAAAUGCCGGGCAGUGCAAAGCCUGCAAAAUAAUCGCCGGCAUUCCUAAAGGCAGCCGCACAGAAGACGCUUUACUUGAGGCCAACCUGCAGCCGCUUAGUACAACGGUACUCACUCGUAGCCUCAAAUAUGCGAUCCUGUGCGAAACGCGAGGGGGGGCGGUACGUGACAGUGCCAGAGUGGUAUACCAGACGGAACACCCCGUACGACAACUGUAUACCACCAUCAUGGCACAAUACCCAGAACUCCAUAUUGAAGCUAGGACCCCGCCCCUGGUGCCCCUCACGCUGCGGUGGGCAUCCCGGGCCCUGUUUCACACAUCGCUCGAAGGUGUCACUGCGGAGGACCCGGACGAGGUCAAGCUUCAAGCAUGCACCCGAUGGAUAGCCCGCCACUUCCGCAGGAAAGGACCCCAACCACCUGAAAGACUACACUAUGAACUAUGGACGGAUGGCUCUGUCGAACUAGGAGAAAAAUAUGGCACAGCAGCCAUGAUUUAUCUCAACAGAGAGCUCAUCGCCCAAGCAAAGGCAGGCGCAGGACCGAUUGCGUGUAGCUACCCGGCUGAAUCAAUCGCAUUGCAAGUUGGACUGCAGAAAUUGCUGGACGUCAUUCCCCAUCGCAACACUCGACCGUGCAGAGUCUCUGUCUUCAAGGAAACCCUGUCACUCAUCACGGCACUACAAACAGGUCCCCUUACAGCAACAGACCACAUAUUACGACUACUAUGGAACCUGUUAUUGGACAUCCAACGCCGCAAGGCACGGGUACGGCUACAAUUUAUAUUUGGCCACUGUGGCAUUGCAAAGAACGAGGCAUGUGAUAAAGAAGCGAAGACGGCCUCUGACCUACCACAGCGCGGGGACACGUGGAUACCGGAUGUAGCAGCGCUGGCGAAACGCCAUAUACGCAGCCAGCUGCCCAAACCAUCCACCCACCGCUCCAGCAUCACCGGCCAUUGUAACCCAACACGCAAUGAUCCCAGCUUAACUCGGAAAGAAGAGGCGGCCCUAGCUCGUUUUCGCACUGGUGUAUCUCACCGCUGCGGCUGCCUUCUGCGCAAAUUGCUGGGCACAACGCCAAAUACAUGCAGGUGGUGCAACCCCAUAGAACACCCUCCCCCUCUCAAAAAGGCUCGAAUAGAGACGCCGGCGGCAAACACAGAGGCAGCGCCUUUGCGUUUCCGUGAUCCGGUCAACUUCCCGGUAUGUCAAACCCGUUAUGGCUGUCGGUCAAGCGCUGUGGUUCACAUGGUCAACAAACAUGGAUUCACACGUGCCCGCGCACUCUGGAAAGCCAAGCAUCCCACAGCUGAGGAGCCGCCGGGCAUCCCGCCAGAACACCCCCCCCUCCCCAGCACCAAGGCCCAAACGCACCGCACUGGACACAACGAGCGAUCUCAACCCGAUCGUCAAGAAGCGGCGAGAAGAAUGUGCUUGCAACCUAUGCGCGGCGUCGUUUAA